UCUGCAUAACGACACGGUAGUCGUUGCUUUACAUGUUGUCACAAUAGCGUACGGGGCCGAAAUCUUGACUAUAAAAACAGAUGUGCUGCCAUUAGCCUUGCUCACCCAAAAACUGGUAACCAAAAAAAUUGGCUACAAAUCAUGGGUGCAUCACUGUAUCUUUGCAGGUUCGCGCUCUCAUGUUGUUUUCAUCUCUUUAUAUUCACAAACUCUUUCUCUUCCGCGCAGCCAUUAUGCCACGAAGAUGAGAGCUUGGCCUUGCUGCAGUUCAAGCGUAGCUUUUUCGUUGACAGUUAUGCUUCCAGCGACCCGAAUGCUUAUCCGAAAGUUGAAUCAUGGAAGCUGAAUGGAAAUGUUAGCGAUUGUUGCUCGUGGGAUGGAGUGGAGUGCGACCAUGACGCGGGUCAUGUGAUUGGCCUCGACCUGAGUAGCAGCUUUCUCUAUGGUUCCAUCAAUUCCAACAGUAGCCUCUUUAGCCUCGUCUACCUUCGGAGGCUAAACCUUGCCGAUAACGAUUUCAACUUCUCUCAAAUCCCACCUGGAAUCGGUCAUCUUUCGAAGCUAAGGAGUCUCAAUCUCUCUCAGUCUUUAUUUCAUGGUCAAAUUCCUUUAGAAAUCUCAAAACUCUCACUGUUGACUUCCCUUGAUUUGACCACUUAUGAUAUAUUUUAUACCAGAUUCCUGAGACUUCAAAAUCCCAAUUUAGAGAACUUGGUUAAAAAUUUAACCAAGUUGGACGAACUACGUCUCACGGGGGUGUACAUGGGAACCACAGUGCCUGAUAUGUUGCAGAACAUGACUUCACUAACAGCUCUUUCCAUAUCCUGGUGUGGGCUGGUUGGUGAAUUCCCUAGAGGCAUUUUCAAUCUACCAAACCUAAGAGUUCUUGCGGCCGCAAUGAACAAACUCAAUGGCACUCUGCCUGAAUUCCAUAGCGGUAGUCGCCUUGAGGUGCUCAUAUUUGGCCUCACGAGCUUUCGUGGAAAUAUACCAGAUUCCAUUGGUAGGCUUCAAUCCUUACGACACUUGGAUUUGAGUCUAAGCAAUUACUCCGGACCACUUCCCCCUUCACUUGGUAAUCUAACUCGCCUCACUAACCUGGAACUCAGAAUGAACAAGUUCAGUGGCCAAGUUCCUUCAUCAUUGGCAAACCUUUCCCAACUUACUCGGUUGGGUCUUGGCGAUAACAAUUUCGAUGCAGGAACGCUGCCUUUGCUCCCAGGGAAGCUUCAGAAACUCACCUCCUUGUUUUUCUCCGAUAUGAAUUUAGUUGGUGAGAUCCCAGUGUCACUUGCAAAUCUGACCCAACUCUCUUAUUUGGUCCUCGGGGGAAACAAAAUAGUCGGUAAAAUCCCUUCCUUUCUCAUGAACCUCACCCAAUUAGAUACUCUAGAUAUAUCAUUGAAUCAACUUCAUGGCACGAUUCCGAGCUCAAUCUCUCAACUCAAGAAUCUUGAGUAUCUCUAUCUUAAUUCCAAUAGCUUCACUGGUAUAGUUGGGCUAGAAAUCUUUAUGAACCUCAAAAAUCUUGUUUCGCUACACUUGUCACGAAACAAACUAACAGUUCUCACCAAAAACAUCACCAAUAGUACUCUUCCAAAGUUUCACAUGCUAGGACUAGAAACAUGCGACUUAACCGAGUUCCCUGACUUCCUCCGGCUCCUAGACGAAUUGGAGAUGUUGCUCUUAGCCAAAAACAAAAUCCGGGGACCAAUCCCAACAUGGUUGUGGAACACAAGUAAAGAAACACUGGAAGUUGUCGACUUUGGUCACAACUUUCUGACAGGCUUCGAACAAAAUCCAGUUGUCAUUCCUUGGCGAAAUCUCAAAUAUGUGGACCUUAGUUCUAACAAGCUUCAAGGAUCACUCCCAACUCCACCACCAAACACCGGUAUUUAUAAAGCCAAUAAUAACCUACUGACGGGGGAAAUUCCACCAUCAAUAUGCCACAACAAUUCUCUUCACAUGCUUGACUUGUCUGACAACAAUUUGACUGGUACAAUCCCUCCAUGUCUAACUACUUCUUGUGAUGAUCUUCACGUGCUGAAUCUAAGUCGGAACAGUCUUCACGGAAGUCUGCCUUCAACAGUCUCCUUGAAUAGCCAGUUGAUAAUGAUUGAUUUAAGUCAAAAUCAACUGCAAGGCCCAGUACCAAGAUUGUUGGCAAAUUGUCGAAUGCUAGAGAUUCUUGUGCUUGGAAACAACCAAUUUGAGGAUACUUUCCCCUCUUGGUUGGGAGCCAUUCCUGAGCUACAAGUCCUUGUUUUGAGAUCAAACAAAUUCCAUGGUUCCAUUGGCAAUCCCAAAACUGAUGCUAUGUUUCCAAAGCUGCGGAUCCUCGACCUCUCUUCUAAUGGUUUCUCAGGCAAUCUGCCAUCAGAAUACUUUGGGAAUUGGAAAGCAAUGAAAAUGGGUAGUGGGGAGAGGUUGACAUAUAUGCACACAAUUCCAAAGGUAGAUGUCGUAGACCCCGGAAGUCCAAUUACUCCUGAAGAAUCAUUCCACACGUGGUCCUUCAACUAUAGUUACUCAAUAACAAUAGCUAGUAAAGGCACACAAAGGUUAUAUGAGAAGAUCCAAAGUGCAUUUGUAGCCAUAGAUCUGUCAAACAACAAAUUCGGUGGAGAAAUUCCGGCAUCUAUUGGAAGUCUCGUUGGGCUUCAACUGCUUAACGUGUCCAACAACAAUCUAGACGGAGUUAUCCCAUCAUCCUUGGCAAGUCUGACAGAGCUUGAGUCGUUGGACCUAUCUCGAAAUGUGCUCUCAGGAAAGAUCCCUCAGCAACUAACCCAACUCACAUUCCUUGCAGUCCUAGACGUUUCGCAUAACCAUCUCACAGGCCGUAUACCUCAAGGGAGACAAUUCGAUACAUUUGAAAACAGUUCAUAUGAUGGGAAUCCCGGAUUGUGUGGUGUCCCUCUGUCAUCGUUGUGUGAAAAUUCUGGGUCCUCCCCGCCGCCACUACACAGUUCUCAAGGCGAUGAAACUGAGUUUUCAAGUGGUGUUUUCUGGAUGGUCAUAUUGAUGGGGUUCGGAAGUGGGCUAAUAGUUGGGUUGGUUAUUGGGACCACACUGACUCGGAGGUAUCACGAAUGGUUUGUUGAUACAUUUGGAAGGAGGAAGAAAAUUCAGAAGAAGCAGAAAAGAAAUGGGCGAAGGAACUAAGUCUAUAAGCAGUAUGUGCCUGCAAUAUCUAUCCAUAUGUGUGCUAUUAGCUUCCUUGAUAUGAUGUUCAAGUCUUCUAUCAUCGAUAGCUUCUUUUUCUAAUAUCAUCUUGUUUUCCCUGAAA